AAAGAAAUGAAAUGAAAUGAAAAAUGAAAUGAUGACAUCAUUACUAACCGGUGAUAAGCAAUACAAUAAUUGAGCUGGAGAGUCUUUUAUACCACCAUGCUGAUAAUCAUUGAUUAAAAUUAGUCUAAGCGAAUACAAAACCAAUGGAUAUCAUUUCGUAGCAUGCAUGCACGCAAAUCUACAUAAUACACACUAACAUAGCAAAAAAUUGUGAAUUGGCCGAAAAAAAUUUCCCUUCUAAUUAUAUAGUAGUACAGUACAAAAACAGAUUUUCUUUCGAGCUCGGUAAGUACUAGUUUUACAAAAUUGGUGUCGAAAUGGACUGCCUGGAAUUUUCACAUUCGUAGAUUACUUAUCGUUAAUUUUUCUAUAAAAUAAGAGUUGUACUAAAUUUUCAUUUUCGUAUUUUUAAGUUAGCCUCUCAUUAAAGGCAAUUCUGCUAACCUAUAUUUUUAUUUUAACUUACUUCGAUUGAAAUUAAAAAUAUUGAUUUAUGUAAAUUGAAUGUAAAAUAGUGUAAUAUUUUAUUUCUAUGUAUUUCUCCAUUAUUUGCGACUUUUCGUUUGACUUUUCAAAAUAUCAUAAAAAAAAUGUUAGGAAUUAAAGAUAAAAUAAGGGAAAAUGUCUGCGUUAUCUCUCUUAACAUUCUAUAAGGCGCCCGUAAAGGUCAAGGUUAAGAAUGUACGAUGUUCGAUUCGUUUGUAAAUGAAGUCCGCUGAACACCGGGAUCACGUAACUUAUCUUUUGAGUAAACAUUGCGGUUUAGAUAUCUAAAUCUUUAGAACACUUUGGGGGGACUGGCAUAUGCACAGUGCAUGCUAACAAUGAAACUUUUCACGGCUACGUUGCAGUUUGCCCGCUACUGCAGGUAAGCCCCUAUCAGCCUCUGUAAAUCUUCUACUGCUGUCUUCACUGUAUUUUGUAUUAAUUCAAGAUACGAACUGCAUAGUGUUUUUACGGAAAUUGCUGGUUGAUGGCUAUUUCAAUUUUCAUUGCUGUUAAAGUUCUGGACUGUAUGUAACUGUAACGCUGCAGAAACAGACUACCAAUUUGGCAUAGGCCGCGUUAUAAUGCUGGCCUAUUUAGGAAUAAAUUUGUAUUGUCAAAGAGUUGAAUUCACAUUUGCAAAACCAUGAAAUGUGUGACGUUAUUAAGAAGAUUCCCAAUUUUGGUGGUGCCAGCCGUUGCUACUUUACUAUAUUUUGUCGAUUCAGAAUCAAUUUUACUUGAGGACGAUUGCCCAUUUCGAUCGGAUAAAGUACUUACCGUCUUUGGAAUGGAGAUAUGGCCUUGUAAAUCGAAGAUAGCAUGUAUCGAUGAUGAAAAUUGUAAAAAUGUCAACGAGGUGUGCGUAUGUUCAAGUUUGUGUGGACGCUCUUGUAACACGCAACGGGAGCCUAACACAGGCUCUAGACCUGGAAAUUGUCCGGUUCUUGAGGAAAUACUCAUUGAGUGUGCGAAUGAGUGCGAAGAGGACGUCCACUGCUUAAGUCAAAAUACUAAGUGUUGCGUAACCUCUUGUGGAAAAAGAUGUACGGCCAUUGACACUUCUUCUACCUCUGUUUACGUAACAACUAGGAUGACGUCAUUCAUAAAUACGAUGUCGUCAUCCACAAUGGCGAGAACGUCAGUGAUGACAAACAAUGGCGAUUGUUACGUUGCAGAGAAAAAUAAGCAGGCACCUUUUUUUGGAGGUAUCCUUUAUUUUUGUAGACAUACAAAAACAUGUCGUAAUGAUCAAGAUUGCAUGACUGAUAAUGAGGAAUGCAUGUGCGAUCUGAAGUGUGGAAAGGUGUGUAGGACAAAACCAACGCCAACAGCAUCUUUACCGAUGUGUAGUGUUGAUGCGAUAAAAAUCACUAAUAAUAAUCAGACAAAGCAAACCAUAUCAACAAAUGCUUCAACUAUUCAUCGAUUAAUGGAUGGAUUGGCAAAUGAAUUUGGAAUUAGAGUUGCUGAAGAAAAAGAUCCUUGUCUACGGCGGUAUUGUCCUGAUGGUUAUACUUGCAUUGAAUCAAACGGUCAAGCCAAAUGUCUCUUCAACAAUCCAAACUGCCGAAAAAAGAAACGCCCAGUUUGCGGAAGCGAUGGAAAUAUAUACGAAUCCAUAGAUGACCUGAGAGAAGAAAAGAGACGCCGGAAUAAAUUGGGUGAUACCACACCAUUACGGAAGGUGAAGCAUGGAUGCAGGAGGAACAGAACCACUAAAAAACAAAGCAGGAAUCAGUCACACCAGAAGCAAAACUUCAUAUAGAUAUAAUUGAAACAAUUAUAAAGUUGUAUUUUUUUAACCAUGAAUACCUGCACAUCUAUAGAAGUAGUCCAACAUGAAUACUUACACAUCAAUAGAGGUAGGCACACAUGUUUGUACCAUACGCAAAUAACUUGCAUGCCAGAAUUGAGACGUUAAGGUUCUUGUAAAAUAUGGCUUACGGUUUAUGUUAAAGAUACAAUUUAAGAAGUAAAGCAGAUAUUUGAACUUUUGAUUUUGUAUAUAUAGGUUAGAAAGUAAAUAUUACAAUUAUGAUCAAAUGCAUAAAUAAUAUUAAAAUAUUGUUAUUGUACAGGCUUUUAAUUUGGCUAAUGAUCAAUUGAAUAAUUUUUCUAAUAAAAUGUUCUUCAUAAAAAAAACCAUGUUCUUUCUAUUUCUGUAUAGUUUGUCGGUUUAUAACCAGUAGCGGCGAUACGGU